UCAUGUGCCUUAAGAGCCCCCAGCUGAGCCCCUUUGGCCCCCCACAGGCGCUGGGACAGAGGAGCAGAAGGAGGAGCAGUGCCAGCCCAGGGAAGAGCAGAGGGGGAUGCUGCAAGGGCCCCAAGAGGAGCCCCAGAGCCCCACGGUGGCCGUGGAGCACGAUGGCCAACAGCAGCCCCGUGAUACGCAAGGGAGCCACGGAACAAGAGCACGACGAAAGCGCUCUUUCAAAGGGACGUACGCUGAAGACCCACAAGAAGCCAGAACCCAACCACGGGGCAGCUCCAGAGGCAAGGAGUACAAGUGUAAGGACUGUGGGAAGGUCUUUGCCUGCGGGAGCAACCUGACCCGUCACCGACGGAUCCACACGGGAGAGAAGCCAUUCAAGUGCCUGGAUUGUGGGAAGAGCUUCACGGAGAGUGGGAGACUCCUGUGUCACCAGAGGACACACACCAAGGAGAAGCCCUUUGUCUGUGCCACCUGUGGCAGAUGCUUCACCUGGCGCUCGAACCUCAUUGCUCACCAACGCAUGCACACAGAAGAGAGACCGUACGUCUGCUCCCACUGCGGAUUGACCUUCCGGCAGAGUGACCAGCUCACGAAGCAUCAGCAAACCCUCCACCAUGGAAUGUACGGUGAAGAACUUCAGGAAGGUGCAAGCCAACCACUGAGUAGCUCCAGAGAGAAGGAGCACAAGUGUGAGGACUGUGGGAAGCUCUUCACCAGCAGGAGACACCUGAACCGACACCGACGCAUCCACACGGGAGAGAAGCCCUACAAGUGCCAGGACUGUGGGAAGAGCUUCACGCUGAGCGGGUACCUCCUGAGUCACCAGAGGACACACACCAAGGAGAAGCCGUAUCUCUGCACCACGUGUGGGAAGCGCUUCUCCUGGCGCUCGUACCUCAACGCCCACCGACUGAUCCACACGGGAGAGAGACCCUACCCCUGCUCGCACUGCGAGAUGACUUUCCGUCAAAGUAAUGACCUCAGGAAGCAUCAGAGGGCGGUCCACCGUGACCUUCAAGAAUUCAGAACCCAGGCACAGAGUAGCUCCAGAGAGAAGAUUUACGAGUGCGAGGACUGUGGGAAGAUCUUCACCUGUGGGAGCAACCUGAGACGUCACCAACGCAUCCACACUGGAGAGAGGCCCUUCAAGUGCCGGGACUGUGGGAAGAGCUUCAGGGAAAGUGGGAGACUUCUGCGUCACUGGAGGACACACACCAAGGAGAAGCCCUUUGUCUGCCCCACGUGUGGGAAACGCUUCUCCUGGCGCUCGUACCUCAUCAAACACCAACGCACCCACACGGGAGAGAGACCGUACGCCUGCUCCCACUGCGGGAAGAACUUCCGGCGGCGUUAUCACCUCAGGAGGCAUCAGUUAGCUGUCCACAAUGGUGAGUUCUCAUGUGGGAGUUAA